AUGACAGAACCAUCACCACUGGGUUCAUUCAGAACCCUAGACUUCCGGUUCUGGUUCACUCACCUGAGCCUUCGUUCCCAUGCUGUCUCCUUCAAGCCAAAUUCUCCUGGCAAGAAAGACUACUCCAUCCCACGGCCAUGUCUGUCCAGCCCAAAAGGAAUACCCAACUUGCAGACCCAGCUCCUCGACGUUCAACCUACCUUGAUGCAGCCGCUGUUUCCAACCACACGCUCUGCUCUACUCCUCGUUCCUGUUGGAGCCUGCCGGAAGUACCAGGCUGACCUCUUACCUUACCGCUGCUUCCAGGUUACGUUCUCCACAAACUGUGAGUUUUUCCCGAAAGGGUCCAUACGUACAUUACGUUUGGCUGCCACAUGGCUCACAUUCUUGAGAACAUACGCAUUUGUGUCCUUGUUCGUCACAAUACAAUCCAUACAUUUCUGUUCUAUGUUUUAUGUUCACGUUUGGUGGCAUUCGUUUGUAUAAUUUAACCAAACACGGUCUAGAUGGCUCACUUACGACCCCACAGGCCAAACUUCUUUAUGCAUUUUAUUUGAGAAAUGCAUCCUAGGUUGACUGUUAUUUUAGAAAUACAUUAGAAUAAAUGUAUUGUAUACAUGUAUCGUAAAAGAGUAUCUCACGUAUAGGAAAAUUGGUUACGUCCUUUUAGGCAUAAAAAUUUAAUUUAUCCAGUCUAUCUGUUAUUAAUACUGUAUGCACAUUAACCGCUGUUGGUUACUAGUCAGGGCAUCACCAAGUCACACCCUCUUAUAUUGGGUCUUGUUACAGUCACUGGGAGGGCAACAUUUCCACCACAUCAUUCAGUGACCUGCGCCAACUCAGCCCUUCUCAUAGAUAGAGCCUCUCCCUCACCUCUUGGCACUAGCAGGACCUCAUCUUCCUUGUAGUCUAGGUCAUUUUUCACCUCAGGCUUAGCAAGAUCCAGUUGACACAUGCACUCACUCAUAACUAGUCCUCAUCUUUACCCAUGUUUAAGUUCUUAGUGUGUCUCAAGCCCCGGACAAGACAAGGAACUCGCUAUACCAGAGACCCCAGCCAGGCCUUCCACCCUGUCCAGUCCAAGCACCCCUACUGA